UUCAUUUUAACUAAGCAUUUUUGUUUAUUUCUGUUUUCAGAGAAAAUUGUUUAGAGAAAAUAAAGAACUCUGAGUACAUUGGAAAGCUACAACUUUCCCUUUCUGCUUCCCCUCCAACUGGUUUCUUUCCUUGAAAGCUUUAUUCCAAGAAUAUUCUUUAUGUAACACAUGGAAGUUCCCUCUUAUGCUCUUAAAUAGUGGCCGUGCUCCCACUUGAGACAGAAAACAGCUAACACCAUCAGCAAGGAUCUCCUAACAGCUGAAGUUCUGAAAAUGAAAAGCAUUCUGUUCACCGUUGUCAUUGCACUGCUGUGCAUGGCACAGGAAAUCAAAGCAAGUGAAGCAGUACACACUCCAAAAGAAUGCUGCUUUACAUUCCUAACCAAACCACUACCUAAAAGAACAAUUGAACGUUUUGAAGUAACAAGUAGCAAAUGUCCUGUAGCUGGAGUGAUAUUUUACACUAAAAAAGGUAAAAAAGUCUGUACAAAGCCACAUGAAGAAUGGGUAAAGAAACACAUUGCAGUCCUUGACAAUUCACAAAAAAAGAAGUAAAAAGGAGGAAGAAAAGAUUUAGAAAGGAAAUUCUUGGACAUAUUAGAAAAAUGUACAGUCCUUUGAAAUACUAAUUAAAAGGCUGCCUAAUGAAGGCUUCAAAACAAAAUCCAAAGACUUUUGUAAGAAGAACAAAUGAACAUCUGGAGAAAGAAGAAUAAAAAUCUUAUUUGGGAUUCCAUAUCUACUCUUUGUGGUCCUGCCUUCAUUUUAAAUGUUGAAUUCUUCCUGUGACACAGUUAAAGCAUAUAAAUGUGCAAACACUUUAAAUUGUAUUUACAGGCAAGUUGUAAGAGCAUAUAAAAUGCUUUCAAACAUGAACUUUUUUAAAUUUUAAGGGAAACCUAUUGCUAAUUCAUGUAACAAAAUAUUAUUGUAACUCA